AGGGUGCCCAGAGGGAAGGUCAAUAGGAGCAGAACAGGAGCAGACUGGGGAGCUCCUGGCCUGCAGAGCAAACAGAACAGCGUGGGAAGGAGAGGAGCAGGAGGGAUGAAUUGUGGCCGUGCUCCUGGGGCUGCAGCCAGCAGCCAUGCCUGAGCCUGUCCAUGCCUACUCCUGCCCACUCUUCUGGACAGAGUAUGAAGGCCACUGCUACCGCUACUUCCCCAUCAACAAAACCUGGGCUGAAGCUGACCUCUACUGUGCUGAGUUCUCCAUCGGAAUCAGGUCAGCCAAGCUGGCCUCCAUCCACAGCUGGGAAGAAAACGUCUUUGUGUACGACCUGGUGAACAGCCGCGUGCCCGGCAUCCCCACUGACAUCUGGACAGGACUCAAUGACCUACGGCAGGAGGGUCACUUUGAGUGGACUGAUGGCUCCUCCUACGACUACCAGUACUGGGAUGGCAGCCAGCCUGACGAUGGGAUCCACUCCAUCCCCGAGGAGGAGGACUGCGUGCAGAUCUGGUACAGACACAGCAGUGCACUGCGCUCCUGGAACGACAACGCCUGUGGCAGAGCCUUCCCCUUUGUCUGCAAGAUCCCCUCACUGGCCCUGGACUGAGGCUGCUGGUGCUGCCCACACCUCCUUCAUUCUGGGUCACCUCUGCAGCUGUGCUGGGCUGGAGCAGUCAGGACGUGGCAUGGGUUGGGGAGCAGUGGAGCUGCUUGGAUCCCCAGGCACUCCCUGGCUGGAGAAUCCCUGCUGGAGGAUGGUGGGGAUGAGCCUGGCACUCACACUGACAGGAGCUGCAUUCAACAGCAGAGGAGCCCCCAAGCCCGAGUCUGGCUCUGGAUUUCAAGAUCAGCCAUCACAGCGUGUUAGAGGAAACCCGUGAUUUUACCAGUACACCAAACUGUUAGCACCCAAAAAUAGCCGUGUGUAGGAAAUACUUUUGCCUGUUGAUCUGUGAAGAGUGGAGGACAAGUGUUAUUUUCUGUUAAAUUAUGCAAAAUGCCUCUUGUCCAUGUUCUUUUUUUCUCUG